AGAUGUCAAAAUGUUGCAUAAACCAUACUGGCAGCUGCAAGGAUUCGAUUUACUGUCUGAGUGAUCUAUGACUGAUUGCUUUCCCCUGCAGUGUAAGAUCACGUGAUAGAAAGCGGCCGAAACUGCAGACAGGAAACUAUACAGGAUUUUUUGGGACUUAAAAUGAAGUUAUUUGUCAAUCUAAGAACAUUAAGACUUCCUUAUAUCAGUGUACGCCAUGCGGUCAACUCUACACAACCUACAAGAAACGUGGACUUCUACAGACAGCGUACAACUUACUCCUACUUCCUCCCAAUCCAGACGCGCUGGCAGGACAAUGAUCAGUAUGGACAUGUAAACAAUGCAGUUUAUCAUGGAUACUUUGACACCUUAAUCAACCAUUAUCUGAUCAGGUACUGCGGACUGAAUACAAACAGACGGUCUUCCUCAAUGGUUGGAUUUAUUGUGACCAAUCAGUGUUCUUUCCACAAACCUGUGAAGUUUCCUGAAAACCCAUUGGCAUCAUUAGCAGUGGAGAAAAUCGGACGCUCAAGUGUCCACUACAGAAUGGCUUUAUUUAAUCAAGUUCCAACCAAGAAAUCCAUCUCCAUUCAUUUCAACAUCCUUAACGAUGGUUGUUUCUCUGACUGGUCUGCGCUGGAAGGAUUCGAGAGCCUGGCGUGCACUACUGCCAUGUCAACACAUGUCUUUGUGGAUACCAUGUCUGAGAAACCAAAGGAACUGCCUGAAGGGUUUAAGAAAGGUCUCCAGAAAAUAAUGAUACCCCUCUAAUCAUAAAUGUUUGUAAUCUUAUGGAUGUUAGAUCAUUUACCUGCUUACAGAACAAAGUAAUAAUGUGAAAUGCAUGUUUAGUCAACAUCUGCAUUUUGUUUUUAGUUGGGGGUUCUGAAAAAUGUAAUUUCAGGGUUUGCAAGAAUAAAAUGUUUGCUACACACA